AUGUUUCGUACCACUAAUAAUACAGGCAGGGUUCUCCCACGACCAAGUGAUCUACUACGCCUCUCCCGCUCGGUAAAGACUUCCACGAUCGAUUGGAAACCGAUAAAGUCGGUUCCAGGAAACUUGAGAACCAUCACUCAUCAGAAAAAGACACCCAUCAUUAGAACGGUAUUACUAGGACUUAUGUACGCCAUGCCCGUUGUGUCGUUUGGAUUGGGAUGCUGGCAAGUACACAGACUCAACUGGAAGCAGGACUUGAUUGCACGGUGUGAAAACAAUUUAGCUGCUCCAGUCAUUGAACAGCUACCGCCCACUCUUGACCCCAACGUCAUACAAGAAUUUGAAUAUAGACGGUUCAAAUGUAAGGGCAAGUUUGACUACGACCAAGAAAUGUUUUUAGGUCCAAGAAUAAAGGACGGCGUGUUGGGUUACCUUGUUGUUACUCCGUUCAUAAGAUCUGAAGGAGGUAAACCAAUUUUGGUUGAACGUGGAUGGAUCCAUAAGGAUAAAGUAAUACCAUCUACUAGAUCAUCUGGAUACUUAUCACACUUGGCAAUGCCACAGGGAGAGAUUGAAAUUGAGGCCUUGUUUAGGUGUAUGCCUAAAAAAUCAAAGCUACAAUUUGAUCACGAACCAGGAGCAAAAUUGUUCAACGUAAUUGAUGUCCCUGCAAUGGCUAAACAAAGUGGUUCGUUACCUAUUUAUUGCCAGAUGAUUUACGAUUUGAGUGACCAUUUGGAUUACAAAGCGCAAGAGACUUUAGAGGCACAAGGUGCUGAUCCUUCCAUUUUUGGCAGGUUAUUCUUUACCAAGUCUAAAGAAGGAACCAAAGAAAAGUCAUACUACAUACAAGACGAGUCUGAUGACUCAAUGUUUUAUCAAGAGUUUGAGUUUAUAAAACAGGGGGUUCCAAUUGCUGCAAAGCCGACGAUUAAAUUCUCCAAUAAUCACUUGCAGUACUUGAUUACCUGGUUCGGUGUUUCCGCUGCGAGUGCUGGGUUAUUAAUUUACUCUACCUGGAAGACCAAACAGUUCCUGAGCGCAGAGAGAAUCAUUGAUGCGAAGAGAAAAGACAUGAAGAAAUUGUUAUAG